AACCUCUCCUUCUUCAGCACGCCGCCUCCACCUACAACACUUUCACUCUCUUUGCAUUCUCACUAAAUUACCCAAAAAACCCAUCUUUCCCUUCAAAAAACCCAUCUUUCCUUUCAAAAAUACUCUCUUUUCUGUAUAUCUCUGUCCUCUACACCCAUGGUUUAUCUGUUUCUCUAAUGCCACCUCUUCUUCUGUAAUUGAAAUCUUGAACACUUCUCAUUUGCAAAAAUGGAGGAAGGGAGAAUGGAGUUAGAGUGUGAUGAACUUGAGAGGCUUCUUGGGGAGAUACCAAAAGCUACUGUGGGGAAUUCACAUUCUGAGGAAUCUGUGCCCAAAAGAAUGUCUAUGAAUAUUGGUAGGUUGCCCAUCCGUGUAAACUCCUUCAAAGGGCCUUCAACUGAAAGUCUCCACAAAAAUGGUUGUUUGGAUGACGGUAAACUAUCAAUGAAAGAAACACAGAGGUCACCCAUUAAGAGGGUUCUGUUAGUGGAAGAAAAUCUCCCAGAUGAUCAAUCAUUGACUACUGCAUUUGCAGAAUUGAGCUUCAGUGAUGGGGUAACAGGGGCAACUGAAAGUCCUCUUUUGGAAAAUGGCAAGUCCUCUUCAAAUGACAUUAUGUUAAACUGCCAAUAUCCACACAGCUUCAGGAGACAAAGUUCCAACAUGGAUUCAACAGUGAUGAUGGUGGCUCCCUCUUUCCAAUCACGAAAUAAUACACCUCAUGGUUCAGAGGAGUUUGAUGCAACAAAAGUUGGCCUAAAAAGUCAAGAAGGCAACAAGAUGAUGCAAAGUGGCUAUUGUCAGCCAGUUGAGAAUUUCUCUGCUGGUCUACCGCUGUCUCAUGGGGUGGAAGGUCUGCAAUUCCUGUCUAACACCCUGGCAGCUGCAGAGUUUCCUGUAGUGUCUGAUCAGCAGCCUUACUAUGCAGAUGCACGAUCUCCAUUUACUUUUUUACAUUCACAGCAGUUAAGCCAACCUCACAGCAGUUGGAGAAAUAUUGAUGAGGAACAAUAUUACAGGAUUCAUCAGCAAUAUUUGUAUCUGCAGCAGCUUCACAACCAGCGAUUAGAAGUUCAGCAUCCUAUUCAAGCAAAUGGAAACUUUCCAGCUAGGCAAGUGAUUCGAAGCUUGAGACAACCAUCCAUUGAGACACCAAUCUCUCACCAACUUGAACAGUCCAAUCAAGAAACUUAUUCACUUAACUAUGCAAUCCCUGGGGCUUUCAAUCAUUCCAAUCCCACCUUUUCAUCCUCAGAUAUGCAUGCUCCACAUUUUCUGGACAAAGUGGGGAAGCAAAGUUUUCCUGAGAAGAUUCUCACAAGAUCACAGGGCCUGAACACAGUGAAAGCUGUAAAAUUUGGUUCUUUUGUUGGAAGUGAACCCCUUUCUCAUGUCAACCAGAAUGGGAAAGUUCUUCCAAAUGGUCAUUUCCAUCAUAGCUUCUAUUCCCCAUCUGCUCAAUGCUUUCAGACUGAUAGUUUGAACUUAUGGGGUUUGUCCACUGAUAGCUCAGAUCUGAAAAACAGCAAUCUGAGGCCACAGCUUCAAAAGUAUAGCUCUGUGAAUGAAAUCAGUGGCAAAAUUUAUCUGAUGGCAAAGGACCAGCAUGGCUGCCGCUUCUUGCAAAGAAAAUUUUCAGAGGGCACUGCAGAAGAUGUCAGAAAGAUUUUUCUCGAGAUCGUUGAUCACAUUGUAGAGCUUAUGACAGACCCUUUUGGGAAUUACCUUGUUCAAAAGCUACUUGAAGUGUGUGAUGAGGACCAGAGAAUGCAAAUACUUCUUGCAAUUACUAGAAAACCUGGAGAUCUUGUUAGGAUAUCAUGUGACAUGCAUGGAACUCGGGCAGUUCAGAAGGUUAUUGAAACCCUAAAGACUCCACAGCAAUAUUCCAUGGUUGUAUCCGCACUCAAGCCUGGUAUAGUGACUUUGAUCAAGAAUAUGAAUGGUAAUCAUGUAGCCCAGCGCUGCCUUCAGUAUUUAAUGCCAAACUACAGUGAGUUCCUUUUUGAAGCUGCAACUGCUAACUGUGUUGAGCUUGCAACUGACCGCCAUGGCUGUUGUGUGCUUCAAAAAUGCCUCAGCUAUUCGGAUGGAGAUCAAAGAAACUGCCUGGUCUUUCAGAUCACUUCAAAUGCACUAAUCCUUUCCCAAGAUCCUUUUGGGAACUAUGUUGUGCAAUAUGUCUUUGAGCUACAACUUACAUGGGCAACAAUGGAUAUUCUUGACCAAUUGGAAGGAAACUAUGGGGACUUAUCCAUGCAAAAGUAUAGCAGUAAUGUUAUUGAGAAAUGCCUGAAGUAUGCAGGUGAAGAUCGUCGGGCUCGUAUUAUCUGUGAGCUUAUAAACAAUUCCCGCCUAGACCAAGUCAUGCAAGAUCCUUAUGGCAACUAUGUUAUCCAAGCAGCAUUGCAGCAAUCAAAGGGAGCUGUUCAUGCUGCAUUAGUUGAUGCCAUAAGACCUCAUAUUCCUAUUCUCCGAACCAGUCCAUAUGGGAAGAAAGUCCUCUCAAGUAAUAGUUUGAAGAAAUGAUCUGCUGGUAUAGUUCGAGAGGAUCCUGUAAAUUUUGCAGCUAAAGGGAAAUGCUUUGAAAUUGGCUUAUAGAUGUGGUUUUCGGUUCUAAGUCUUAAACCUGAAAAGGACAAAGAAGAUGCAUUCAAAGCUCAUAAGAUGUAAAUUUUAGGCCUUUCCUCUUCCUUUUUGCAGAAAAUUAGUUCAAGCUUCAUCUUCAACUUGGAACUAGUUUUGCCUGCACGGUAUUAUAUAUAUGUAAAUUUGCAAUUUGUUAAUUUGCACAGGAAUAAGAUGUUGUGAAGAUAGAGUUCCUUGAGCUUGCCUAUAAAUUGUAACAUGUUCUUUUGACUUAAAGUUCAAGGCAUGAUAAGCGGCUGCAGAUUAGAAAUCUACCUUGUUUAUAGGCUAGACAUUCUGUUUUUG